AUGUACACACAUGCCUUGUGUAAGAAAAUGCACGUUUUUUGUUUUCUUUUUUUUUUUUCAUCUAGCUACCUUCCUUUCUCUAGGAAGACUUCAGAUGACUUCCACUCUAUCAUUUCAUUCCAGACAUCUGCAGUUGGAAGCAGUGGAGGAUACAGGAAAGGUGUGACGGAAGCGAAGUUGAAGGUGGCCAUAAACGGUUUUGGCAGAAUUGGAAGGAACUUCUUGAGGUGCUGGCAUGGCCGCAAAGACUCUCCUCUGGAUGUCAUUGCCAUCAAUGACACCGGAGGCGUCAAGCAGGCCUCUCACCUUCUCAAGUAUGACUCCACCCUUGGCAUAUUCGACGCCGACGUUAAGCCUGUCGGUGACGAUGCCAUCUCCGUUGACGGAAAGGUCAUCAAAGUUGUCUCCAACCGCAACCCUGCUAACCUUCCCUGGAAGGAAUUAGGAGUUGACUUGGUGAUUGAAGGAACUGGGGUGUUCGUGGACAGAGAAGGUGCAGGGAAGCACAUUCAGGCGGGAGCGAAGAAGGUUCUGAUCACAGCCCCAGGCAAAGGUGACAUCCCAACCUAUGUAGUUGGUGUCAAUGCUGAUGCUUACAGCCCAGACGAACCCAUCAUCAGCAACGCUUCUUGCACCACUAACUGCCUUGCUCCCUUCGUCAAGGUCCUUGACCAGAAAUUCGGUAUCAUCAAGGGAACCAUGACCACCACUCACUCCUACACCGGAGACCAAAGGCUUCUUGACGCCAGCCACCGCGACCUCAGGCGCGCGAGGGCGGCAGCGCUGAACAUCGUGCCGACCUCAACCGGAGCGGCCAAGGCGGUGGCGCUUGUGUUGCCGACACUUAAGGGGAAGCUGAACGGAAUUGCAUUGCGUGUGCCAACGCCAAACGUGUCCGUCGUUGACCUCGUUGUUCAGGUGUCAAAGAAGACGUUCGCGGAGGAAGUCAACGCUGCGUUCAGAGAGAGCGCGGAGAAGGAGCUUAACGGCAUCCUCUCAGUGUGUGAUGAACCACUUGUCUCCGUUGAUUUCAGGUGCACCGACGUUUCAUCUACCGUUGACUCUUCGUUGACCAUGGUCAUGGGUGAUGACAUGGUGAAGGUUAUUGCAUGGUAUGAUAAUGAGUGGGGUUACUCACAAAGGGUUGUGGAUUUGGCUGACAUUGUUGCAAACAGCUGGAAGUGAAAGUCAAAGUCAAAGUUAGCCAACAAUAAUAAUAAUAAUUGUUAAUUAUAUGUAAUUUUGUAUUAUUAUGACUACUAUUACCACUACACUUGUUAAGCUUCAUUUUUCAGCUUUGUGCCAAGAACUUGUACCGAGAAAUAGAACCAUCAAUUUUCUCUUUUGAUUGCC